AAUCAAUAGGUCCUCAGUCAUUGACGUCAAUCCUUUUCUUAGAAUUUCACAAGCACUUGGAAUGAAUUCGCCGAAAUGGGUCUAACACGGAUGAGAAAACCCCAGCAUAAAUAUGCAGCGUUUUUAUGUGACACCAUGGAGAAGGCUUCCGAAAGCAAAACAGAUGGAGAAACCGAAGGAAAAUUUUCAGCUCGGCCGUACCAAGUGGAACUUCUAGAGCGGGCGAAGGAAAGGAACACCAUCGUAUGUCUGGGCACAGGAACUGGUAAAACGUUUAUAAGUGUCAUGCUCAUAAAAGAACUCGCUCAUGAAGUAAGAGGAAACUAUAAAGACGGCGGGCGAAGAACUUUCUUCCUUGUAAAUACAGUUCCACUAGCUAGCCAACAAGCAAAAGCGAUCGCUAAACAUACAGACUUAGAAGUCAGGCAUUACGUUGGAGAGAUGGGUGUAGAUUUCUGGGACAAGCCCACUUGGGAAAAAGAGUUCAAUACAAGCAACGUUCUGGUCAUGACAGCUCAAAUAUUCCUCGACCUUCUGUUGCAUAGCUACAUACUUCUCUCGCAAGUGAAUCUCUUGAUCUUUGAUGAAUGCCACCAUGCCAAGAAGAAUGAUCCUUACAGACAGAUAAUGCAGUGCUUCAGCGAUUGCCCACAGCGCCAAUUACCCAAAGUUAUGGGUUUAACUGCCUCGAUAGUAAAUGGAAAGGUAAAACCUUAUAAAAUUGAAUCGGAGAUCCAAGAGCUGGAACGCACAUUAAGAUCUACAUGCGAAACAAGUCAAGACGAAGAUGUUGAAAAAUAUGCUGCUAAACCCGAAGAACUGGUCCUUGUUUACAGGAGCCAGAGCACUGAUGAAAAUGUAAACAUUUUGAUCCAAAUCCUGUCAGAUGUCUUAAAACCAGGAAUUGGUUUUCUCCGCGACUGUCGGGUGUCCAAAAUUGACGAGAAUGCACACUGGUACGCGAAGUUCGCUCUGAGAGAGUGUAAGGAGACAUUGGAUGAACUGGGCCCUUGGGCUGCUUUUAAAGUAGCAGAAUACCUAAUUAAGGAUCUGGACAGAGCAUGCAAGGUUCAAAGCAGCAAACAAGGGCGAUUGUUUUGCGAGUUUAGUGCCACCCAGCUGCGUCAAUUGCGGGGCAUUUACUGUAAUUUUACUGAAAGUGAUGGGUCUGAGGACAGUGGACAUUGUUACUUCAUGCCUAAACUUCAAACACUUCUGAGUGUUUUCAGGGAGUUUGCUAACUCACAGCAUGCAUCUGAAGAGGACAAGACCCUCUGUGCCAUUGUGUUUGUUGAAAGACGAUACACAGCACUGAUCCUCAGCAAACAGCUUAACAAGGCAGCCGAACUAGAUCAUGAGCUCUCAUUCAUCAAAAGUGACUUUGUGAUUGGUCAUGGCACAGGUGCAAGGGUUAGCUACUCCAGUAACACAGAGAUGAAUUUUAAGAAACAGGAGGAAGUGCUGCGCAAGUUCAGAAAUGACAAGAAAAGACAUGAAUUCAAUGUGCUGAUAGCCACCUCUGUUGUUGAGGAGGGGUUAGAUAUUCCCAAGUGCAAUGUUGUCUGCAGGUUUGAUUUCCCAAAGAAUUACCGCUCCUAUGUACAGUCAAAGGGCAGAGCUCGUGCCAAAGGUUCCAAGUACUACAUGCUGGUGGAUGAAAAAGAGCAAGUGGAAAAAGUGAAUGAAUUGGAGAUGUUGCGUGCUAUUGAGGAAAUCUUGUUGGAAAGAUGCCAUGAUCGGCUGGAGCCAUCAGUGGAGGAGUGUAAUGAGUCAGUAGACACAGAUUUACUGCCACCGUACAUACCAGUAAAUGGAAAGGGAGCAAGAGUAACAAUGACCAGUAGUGUUGCUCUACUUUCAAAGUACUGUUCAAAGCUCCCAGGUGACCGGUUUACGCAGCCCAAGCCAGUUUACAAGGUUGAGGAAAUUGGGAAAUAUCUUUACAGGUGUAAACUAACACUCCCAAUAAACUGUCAACUAUGUGAUGAUAUAAUAGUGAGUUUAGAGGACUUUUAUUUUUUUUAAACUAAGACAUAAAAUUGUUAUUAUGGAAAUUUGCCUAUUUCCACUGUCAUUAUCAUUGGCUAUUGAUAAUAUUUAUCUGCCUUCUGAUUGGUUACGUAACCGCCUCCCGGUUAGCUCAAUUGGUUAGAGUGGUGGACUGUGGAGUGGGAGGUCGAAGGUUUGAGCCCGGCCGAACCAACACUUAAGGUCUUGAAAUAAAUGAGGAGAAUGUGCUACCUUUCUAUAAUGUCAAGAAAUGGAUAGACAUUCUAGUCUUCUCAGAUAAGGACGAAUAAACUGUAGGUCCCGUCUCCUACCUCUAUUAAUUAGUCAAUUUGGUCAGGCAGGGGACAUUAAAGAACCCACU